AUGAAGUUGACUACAGCUGCUGCCCUUCUGGCUCUUUCGCCUUUGGCGGAUGCUACCAAGCCUCCAGUGAGCUCAAAGAGGCUUCAAAAGCUAAUCACUGAAAAAGGGUUGAUGCACAACUUGAAGAAACUCAAUGACAUCGCCUACGCCAACGGAGGAAACCGUGCCUUUGGUCUUCCAGGAUACGCUGCCUCAGUGGACUUUAUCUAUCACGAGAUCUCUAAGCUGAAGGGCUUCAAGACAUGGAAGCAAGACUUUCCUGCCAACUUCACUCAAACUCUUGCAGCUGAGGUCACCGUCGAUGACGAAACUUUCAGGACUGUCGCUUUGACUUACACCCCCAGCACUUCUGAGGACGGUGUAACAGCUGAGCUUGUCCAUGGUCCUGAAGGUACAGCUGCAUGUGAUGCCGCAAACUAUGAGGGGCUCGAUGUUGAAGGAAAGGUUGUACUCGUCGAGCGUGGUCUUUGCCCUGAUGGUACUACUUUCGCAGGCAAGGUUAAACCUGCAGCUGCUGCUGGUGCUCAAGUCGUUGUUAUUUAUAACUCAGACGAGGCCAAGCUCACAGCUGGUACCCUAUCAGCCCCUAACCCAAAGGAGUACGUCCCCACUGGUCUUAUUGAUCAAGACCCCGGAAAGGCGCUCAAGGCUCGUCUCGAUGCUGGUGAGAAACUCGAGGUGUUUGUCAAGAUCAUCCAGACCAUCGAAACGCGCAUCACCCAGAACGUCUUUGCCGAAACCAAGGGAGGCGAUGGCGAGAACGUCGUCAUGCUGGGAGCUCAUCUUGACUCAGUCCAAGCAGGCCCUGGUAUCAACGAUGAUGGAUCGGGAACUUCGCUCAUCCUCGAAACAGCAAAGGGUCUGCAGCACUUUUCCACCAAGCUCAAGAUCCGAUUUGGAUGGUGGGGUGCUGAGGAGAACGGCCUUGUUGGAUCUCGCUACUACGUCAACAACCUCAAGACCCCGGACGUCGAUAAUCUCUUGGCGUAUCUGAACUUCGACAUGGUAUCUCGUGGUUUCUUCGGUGUUUUUGAUGGAACCGGUGAGAAGGUUGGUCCUGGUGGACCUCCAGGCUCUGACGUUAUCGAGGAUCUUUUCAGAGAGUUCUUUGAGAAGGAAAAAAUCGAAGUUACACCCGUUGGCUUGACUGGUGGAACUGAUUAUGUUGCCUUCCGGGAAGUCAUCGAGAAGCCAGUUGGUGGUCUCUUCACUGGCACUGGUCUUGAGCAGGAUGCUUGUUAUCACCAAGCUUGCGAUAACAUCACGAACCCCGUUCCUGAGACGCUUCACAUCAACGCGAAGGCUGCUGCACAUGUUCUAAGCAAGCUCGCCAUUGAUGGUGUUAAACUUAUUCCUAAGACACCGUCCAACACUACGGUUGGUUCUAUCAAGAGGGUUAGAGAUGCGGCUUCGUUGCAUUUGCAUGAUGUCACUGGUUUCGAAGGAAAGCCCUGUGAUCAUGACAUCAUCUAA